AUUGGAUUAUCAUUUAGGGGGACCUUCAGAAAUCCCAGAAACAGACAAAUUUGUCAUUACUGGAUAAAGCUGGAAGCGGUAAUUGAAUUUUUUUAGGAGGAAGAAGAAAAAAAAAAACAGUAGAAUUUUGGAACACAACACAUGGGGCAUGUUCUCUUUUCUUCAUUCCUGGUCUUUCAGUGAGAUCUAUUGAACUGAUGGUAUGUCAUGCCAGUCACAGGUCAUGGGUAAACACAGUUUGUGUCUUUGCUGUGGUAGCUCUUGAGAAAUUCAACCUUGAGUCAGGACAUUGAGAUGGGUGAAUCAAUAGUGGAUGUUUCCAGAUACGAAGAUAAGAUGGGAGAGACGGCUGCCUCAAAAUCUGGCUUCGAAGUGUCGGUUUCCUUUGGUAGGUUUGAGAAUGAUUCACUGUCUUGGGAGAAAUGGUCGUCUUUCUCACCCAACAAGUACUUGGAAGAAGUUGAGAAGUGCGCAACACCCGGAUCAGUGGCUAAGAAGGCGGCAUACUUUGAAGCCCAUUACAAGAAGAUUGCUGCUCGCAGAGCUGUAAUAAUAGAUCAAGAAAAGCAAAUGGAAGACGAUUCCUUGAGGUCAGAGAAUCAACAUAGCGGAGAUCUGGAUGGUAAUGUUAGCGGUGCUGGUUCCGAAUCUGGUAUAUCUAAUAGCCACAGCUCGGCAGAAGUUGUUAUGCAACAAACUGAUUUGAUCGGUGAGGUCAUUAGCACCCAUGUGGAUGAUCUGAAGGAGGAUCCUGCAAUUAGUUUAGAAAGUCAAAGGUCAGUAUCUGAGGGCGUGAGAGAUGAACUUGGUAGCAGAGUAGAUAGCCCCAAGUCAAGAAAACCAGAAAACACUGUUUUGGUAAAAGAAGAAGAAGAAGGAACUACUUCGGUUGAAUCUCAAGACAUGAGGCAAUUUUCGCACAAAUGCAACAAUGAGGUGGGAAAAGCUCCACAGGUUAAAGAAAACACGGUGUUGGAUCAACCAAAGGAAUCUAAGAAGGUUACCUCAGCGAAUAGGGAGAGAGAUGUGACAAGGGUAAAGAAGAAAGCAGGAUCACCUGUACCUAAAGCAUCACAUAUUUCCACCCCUAAAGUGUCAAAGCCUUCACCAACUUUCACUGCAUUAUCUGCGUCACGAUCUUCAACAAAGAAGGGAAAUGACUCAUCUUUACCAAGGAACAAAAAUCCUUGUAUUGGUGAAAGAAAGUUUGCUCCUACAUCUCUACACAUGUCCCUUCGCUUGGAUCCUACAAAUUCUGAUCCAACAUCACUUCAUAUGACUAGAAAAUCCUUCAUUAUGGAGAAAAUGGGGGAUAAGGACAUUGUCAAAAGAGCAUUCAAGACAUUUCAGAGAAGUACAAACCAAUCGACAUCUUCUGGCGAAGAGAGAUCGUCUGUACCAAAACAGGUGCCUAGGAAGGGGACAGAACCAAGGGUUUCAACUUCUAUGACACCACAAAAGGAAAAUCGAGGGUUACUAAAAGCUGGUGCUGCGGAUAAAAAAAGUGCUAAGCCGGCCCCUUCUUUUGGCUUGAAAAGGGAUGAAAGGGCAGACAAAAAAAAGGAGAUUUCAAAGAAAUUAGAGGAAAAACCAAAUGCCAAAGAGGCAGCAAGGACUGGCGUUCAAUUGAAAUCAAAGGAGGACAAAGGGGCAGAGAUUAGAAAGUCAAGACAGAACCUUAAUUUUAAAGCCACUCCAUUGCCUGCCUUUUAUGGGGGACUAAAAAUGUCGAAAAGCAUUUCAGAUAAGGCAGUCUUAAAAAAUGAGAUUCAUCGAUGAGCGAUGUUCUUGGGAGACUCACUUCUGCUUUCGAAGCUAAAUACUUGGGUGGAUAAUGAACUAUAUAUAUAUAUAUAUA